UUUUAGCUUUCAGACUCUGACUGCCGCUAGGCUGGCUUCCCCAGGCUUCUAUGAGCGUAGCAGAGCAGGCUCCUCUCCCUCUCCGUCUCUCCGUCUGUUUUUAAAACUUUUAUCUGCUUGGCAGAGUAGAGCACACUGUCCUACAUCUGUCUUGGGAGAGGGAAGGAAUUACUUGGCCUUGCACCGUACAGACAGCCUGCCUGCGAACCUCCGACUAGCCUGACUUUCUCCUGAGCCUCUAUGGAGCCCUGGGUUCUGUUCUCUCUAUCGCUCCUGGUCUACCUGUAUUUGGAGGUGUCUGGAGCUGAAGAUGGGGCCCAGGACCAGAGAGUGCUGGCUGGCCAGGGGAGGAGGAGGAGAGGGCCAGGGGAACCAGGGGGCCCGGAGUUCAACCAGCGCCAGCGAGGAGAGCUAGAAUGGGGGAAGAGGAGGAAGGCAGGAGGGCCUGGGCAGGGGAGAGCCAGGGGGAACAGGGACAAUCAGCGAUCUCAAACGCCCCUGGGUCUGACGAGGCUGGGGAGCCUUCCGGCCAACGCCAGAGGAGACGAUGGAGAGUCUAUUUUCAUUGAGUCAUACAAGAGUGUUGACGAGAGACAGUCUAACUACAAUGUCAUCCCGGGUAAAAAGGGCCAGUGUGUYUACCAGGGCAUCACCAUGUUUGAGCAGGCCGUCUGGUCCCCCAAGCCGUGUGUUACCUGUCUGUGUAGCGGAGGGCAGGUGCUGUGUGACGAGGUCACAUGUCCUCGUCAACGAUGUCACUUCCCCUACACCCCCUCUGGCGAGUGCUGCCCUGUCUGCAUGGACACAGCUUCCCGUGGUGAUGUCCUUGACUUCUCUGGCGAUUCCCCAGUAGCCUACGACCCUGACUCUGUGACCCCUGACCUUGACCCAAUCCUUGACCCCGUGGUGACCCGCACCAAGGCCGAGAUUGAGCUCCUGAAUAGAGAGGAGGAGGAGCGUCUUCUCAAGAAGGAAAAGAGGAGGAAGAAACAGAAGGAGGAGGCGGAGAGACAGCGGAGGCGGCAGGAGGAGAGGAGGCACGAGGAGGAGAGGCUGCAAAUGGAGAAGGAAGAGAGGAGGCAGGAGGAGGCAAGGAGACUCAAGGAGGAGGUAGCCAUGAAGGAGCGGGAGAGGAAGCUGGAGGAGGAGAGGAGAAGACAUGAGGAGGAGCUGAAGGAGAAACUGAGGGAACUAGCAGAGCUGGAAGAGGAAGAAGAGGAGGAGGAAGAGGAGGAGAUGGAGUGGCUGCUGAGAGGAGAUGUUUUCCAAAUGUUUCCAGAUGAGCCGACCGAAGAGGACCUCCUUCCUCCUCCCCUAGCCACUCCCACUGACAGAGAAGAGGAGGAUGGGAAAGGAGUGGUGGUACGUAGACCUGGGAUCACCCUCCCGCUAGGUUGUGAUAUCUCUGAUGUCACUGUGACGUGUGAGAACGCUAAACUGACCAACUUCCCUCCUCUCAACAUCCCUGAGCUCAAGUCCCUAAGUCUGGAGGGUAACUCCAUCACAACCAUCCCAGUGGGGGCGUUCAACGGCAUCCCCAACCUGGAGUCCAUCAACCUGGGAAAGAAUAGGUUGACAACUGCUGGCAUCGCCCCACACGCCUUCAAAGGCCUGAAGUUCCUGAGCCGUCUUUACCUGGACAACAACCUCCUAGAGGCGGUUCUACCAGACUUCCCAUCAACACUACAGGAGCUGAAGAUCAACGAGAAUCACCUCAAAGGGAUCGAAGAGAACAGCUUCCAAGGUCUGAGCGACCUGUUGACCUUGGAGUUGGAGGGGAAUCUCCUGAGUGAAGGGAACGUGGAUCCUCUAGCUUUCAAACCUCUCUCCCAGCUCUCCUACCUCCGUCUGGGCAGAAACCACUUCAGGACCGUCCCCCAGGGCCUGCCCCCAUCUCUACUGGAGGUUUAUCUUGAGAACAACCUGAUAGAAGAGAUAUCUGACUCUGUCUUCAACCAAACCACUAACCUGAACGUGAUCUCACUGAGACACAACAGACUGGAUGAGUCCAUGAUAGCACCUCUAGCAUGGAUCAACCACAAGAACCUGGAGUCCAUUGACCUGGCCUACAACCGUCUACCGGUCCCAUCCUACCUGCCCAGAGCUCUAGUUCACCUGGUCUUGGUAGGGAACCAGAUCGAGAGAUCCCAGACGUUUGCAGAGGACGCUAUCUGUGACCCCCAGAACGACGAGGACGCUAACAUAUUGACGCUGCGUCUGGAGAACAACUACAUCGACCCCAGGAAGAUCUCAUCCACCGUCUUCUCCUGCGUACGCUCCUACUCCAGCAUCGUCUUGAAACCUCAGUGGACCAAGACCCAACACAGCCUGACACCUGAGGAGAGGACAGCCCAGUUCAGUCCGGCCCAACCCCAGAGCUCAGUCCCAGCACCCCCAGCAGCCCCAGCUCAGCCCAGUUCAGUCCAGCCCAACGCCAGAGCUCAGUCCCAGCACCCCCAGCAGCCCCAGCUCAGCCCAGUUCAGUCCGGCCCAACCCCAGAGCUCAGUCCCAGCACCCCCAGCCCUGCACCUGAGGAGUCACGAGUAGACCUGCCCCUCAACCUCCACAUUUCAAAGCCACAAACCUCCUGGGCCCUUCCCUCAGGGCCCGUCCCCCAGGGCCUGUCCCCCAGGGCCCGUCCCUCAGGGCCCGUCUCUCAGGGCCCGUCUCUCAGGGCCCGUCCCCCAGGGCCUGUCCCCCAGGGCCCGUCCACCAGGGCCCGUCUCUCAGGGCCCGUCCCCCAGGGCCCGUCUCUCAGGGCCCGUCCCCCAGGGCCCGUCCCCCAGGGCCCGUCCCCCAGGGCCCGUCUCUCAGGGCCCGUCCCUCACCUCAGGGGCCGUCCCUCACCUGAGGGCCCGUCCCUCAGGGCCCGUCCCUCAGGGCCCGACCCUCAGGGGCCCGUCCCCCAGGGCCCGUCCCCCAGGGCCCGUCUCUCAGGGCCCCGG